AUGUCCGGUUCCUUCAAGUUUAUCAAUUCAGAGGCACCAGUCCCCGGGGAUGGAGGCGGCCUCCCUGCGCAGUUCUCCGUGACCGCCCCCCCCUCGACAGACGUGUGGGCGAAACCGCCGGCGACGAGGCCAUUCAACGCGCCGAUUCUCUACCGCUCGAUCCCACUGGCGAAAUUCAAACGGGUGCGUGUCGCGUUCAACGCCGCGUGGAAAGAUCUCUACGACCAGGGCGGGCUGAUUCUCCUUCUCGACGGGGCGGACGAAUCGAAGCGGAAAUGGGUCAAGUCAGGGAUCGAGUUCACACAUGGCAAGCCACACCUUAGCACGGUGGUCAAGGACCGCUGGGCGGACUGGAGCUUGCUCCCCGUGCCGUCGGGGGGUGCCCUGGCGACGCUCGAGAUGGUUCGAGAAGACGACGGGAGUCUGUGGGUAUACCUGGUCGAGGGGGUGCAGAAAUCCCCGAUCCGUGAGGUCACCUGGGUGUUUGAUGGUGAGGACGAUGUUGAGUGCUGGGUAGGAGUGUAUGCGGCACGCCCGUCGGAGAAAAAGGGAGAUCUAGAGGUUCAUUUUGGCCAUUUGAUGAUUGAACUGCUGGAAUGA